CCUCUCGCAGAGCGGCAGCAAAGUAACUCCGGAGUUACGGGGAGCAGCCGCUGCCGAGCGUGGCCGCGCCGGGCUGGUGCUGCCCUCGGGGUGGUUCGGGGGCGGGCCCGAGGGCCGCGGAGGAGGAGGCGGGGGCGGCCGCAGCUGGCGGGGGGGUUCCCGGCGAGCCCUGCCCGCGGAACGUGCGGCUCGGGGCCAGCCCGCCCCUCUUCCCCAAACUUCUCCAAACUCGCCAUGGAGCCGGGAGCCGGAGCCGCCGCCUGGCUGCCGCUGCUCGUGCUGCUGGCCGGCCGCUCGCCGGCCCGGCUCGGAACAGCCCGAGCCCAAUUCGCGGCAGGGGGAUGCACUUUUGAUGAUGGCCUGGGGCCCUGUGAUUACCAUCAAGACCUAUAUGACGACUUUGAUUGGGUGCAUGUCAGUGCUCAAGAGCCUCACUAUUUGCCACCUGAGAUGCCUCAAGGCUCAUGCAUGAUAGUGGAUUCCUCAGACCAUGAUCCUGGAGAAAAGGCUCGACUUCAACUUCCUACGAUGAAGGAAAAUGACACUCACUGCAUUGAUUUCAGUUACCUUUUAUAUAGCAAGAGUGGAGCGAACCCUGGAACCUUGAACAUUUUAGUUAGGGUGAACAAGGGACCUCUUGCUAAUCCCAUUUGGAAUGUGACAGGCUCUACUGGCAGAGACUGGCUUCGAGCUGAGCUGGCUGUAAGCACCUUCUGGCCAAAUGAAUAUCAGGUAAUAUUUGAAGCCGAAGUCUCAGAUGGGAGAAAUGGCUACAUUGCCAUUGAUGACAUCCAGGUUCUGAGUUACCCUUGUGAUAAAUCUCCACAUUUCCUGAGGCUGGGGGAUGUAGAGGUCAAUGCAGGGCAGAAUGCUACAUUUCAAUGCAUUGCUACCGGGAGGGAUGCAGUGAAUAACAAGUUAUGGCUGCAGCGACGGAAUGGAGAAGAUAUUCCAGUCGCCCAAACUAAAAAUAUCAAUCACAGAAGAUUUGCUGCUACCUUCAAGUUGCAAGAGGUGACAAAAAACGAUCAGGAUUUAUAUCGCUGUGUAACUCAGUCAGAGAGAGGCUCUGGAGUGUCCAAUUUUGCUCAGCUUAUUGUGAGAGAACCACCUCGACCAAUAGCACCCCCCCAGUUACUUGGUGUUGGGCCUACAUAUUUGCUGAUUCAGCUGAAUGCUAAUUCCAUAAUUGGUGAUGGGCCUAUAAUUCUGAAAGAAGUAGAGUACCGGAUGACAUCUGGGACCUGGACAGAAACCCAUGCUGUAAAUGCACCAACUUAUAAGCUAUGGCACUUAGACCCAGACACUGAGUAUGAGAUUCGUGUCCUCCUUACCAGGCCAGGAGAAGGAGGAACUGGCCAGCCAGGACCACCGCUUAUCACAAGAACCAAAUGUGCAGAGCCCAUGAGAACACCAAAAACUCUGAAGAUUGCUGAGAUCCAGGCCAGACACAUUGCAGUGGAUUGGGAGUCUCUGGGUUACAAUAUUACUCGAUGUCACACUUUCAAUGUAACUAUUUGCUACCACUACUUCCAUGGUCACAAUGAGAACAAAGCAGACUGCUUGGAUAUGGACCCCAAAGCGCCCCAGCAUGUGGUGGAUCACCUGCCUCCUUACACAAAUGUCAGCCUCAAAAUGAUCCUAACUAAUCCUGAAGGGCGAAAGGAGAGUGAGGAGACCAUUAUUCAAACAGAUGAAGAUGUGCCUGGCCCUGUACCUGCAAAAUCACUAAAAGGGACCCCAUUUGAAGACAAGAUCUUCCUGAACUGGAAAGAACCUGUGGAUCCAAAUGGCAUCAUUACGCAGUAUGAGGUUAGCUAUAGCAGUAUAAGGUCAUUUGAUCCUGCUGUCCUAGUGGCGGGACCCCCACAGACUGUGUCAAAGGUCUGGAACAGUACGCACCAUGUGUUUUCACAUCUGCACCCUGGUACUACCUACCAAUUCUUUAUACGUGCCAGCACAGUCAAAGGGUUUGGACCAGCGACAGCAAUCAACGUAACAACCAACAUCUCAGCUCCUACUUUACCGGACUAUGAAGGAGUUGACGCAUCUCUCAAUGAAACUGCUACUACCAUAACUGUAUUGUUGAGACCAGCUCAAGCCAAAGGUGCUCCUAUCAGUGCUUACCAGAUUGUUGUUGAGGAGCUGCAUCCACACCGAACAAAGCGAGAAACAGGCGCAAUGGAGUGCUACCAAGUCCCAGUCACAUACCAAAAUGCUCUAAGCGGAAGCUCACCAUAUUACUUCGCUGCUGAAUUGCCCCCUGGUAACCUUCCUGAACCAGCCCCUUUCACUGUUGGUGACAAUAGAACAUACCAGGGCUUUUGGAACCCACCGCUGGCUCCUCGGAAAGGCUACAAUAUCUAUUUCCAAGCCAUGAGCAGUGUUGAGAAAGAAACUAAAACUCAGUGUGUUCGAAUAGCUACGAAAGCAGCAGCAACAGAAGAACCAGAGGUGAUUCCAGACCCAGCCAAGCAGACAGAUCGUGUGGUGAAAAUAGCAGGAAUAAGUGCUGGAAUUCUGGUAUUCAUCCUCCUCCUCCUAGUUGUCAUAUUAAUUGUCAAAAAAAGGAGGAGCUACUAUUCUUACUCCUACUAUCUCAAACUUGCUAAGAAACGCAAGGACGCCAUGGGGAACACCAGACAAGAAAUGACACACAUGGUGAACGCGAUGGAUAGGAGUUACGCUGAUCAGAGCACCCUUCAUGCAGAAGAUCCUCUCUCAAUCACAUUUAUGGACUCUCAUAACUUCAGCCCCAGAUAUGAGAAUCACAGUGCGACAGCCGAGUCCAGUCGCCUGCUGGAUGUACCUCGCUACCUUUGUGAAGGAACAGAGUCCCCUUACCAGACUGGACAGCUGCAUCCAGCCAUCAGAGUAGCUGAUUUGCUGCAACAUAUUAACCUCAUGAAGACAUCUGAUAGCUAUGGUUUUAAAGAGGAAUAUGAGAGUUUCUUUGAGGGACAGUCAGCAUCUUGGGAUGUCGCUAAAAAGGAUCAAAACAGAACAAAGAACCGAUAUGGAAACAUUAUAGCAUAUGACCACUCCAGAGUGAUUUUGCAACCUGUUGAGGAUGAUCCUUCUUCAGAUUACAUUAAUGCAAACUAUAUAGAUGGCUAUCAAAGACCAAGUCACUACAUUGCAACCCAAGGUCCAGUCCAUGAAACAGUGUACGAUUUCUGGAGAAUGAUAUGGCAGGAACAGUCAGUUUGUGUUGUGAUGGUUACAAAUUUAGUUGAAGUUGGACGGGUCAAGUGCUAUAAGUACUGGCCUGAUGACACCGAAGUUUAUGGGGACUUCAAAGUGACUUGUGUGGAAAUGGAGCCACUUGCGGAGUACGUAGUCAGGACGUUCACGCUUGAAAGGAGAGGUUACAAUGAAAUCCGUGAACUUAAACAGUUCCAUUUCACAGGCUGGCCAGAUCAUGGAGUUCCUUACAAUGCCACAGGCCUCCUUUCAUUUAUACGUCGAGUCAAAUUGUCUAACCCUCCUAGUGCCGGUCCUAUUGUUGUACAUUGCAGGUGUGUAGAGAAGAGUGCUGGUGCUGGACGAACUGGCUGUUACAUUGUGAUUGACAUCAUGCUAGACAUGGCAGAAAGAGAAGGUGUUGUGGACAUCUACAAUUGUGUCAAAGCCUUACGGUCACGUCGCAUCAACAUGGUACAAACAGAGGAGCAGUACAUCUUUAUUCAUGAUGCCAUUUUGGAAGCUUGCUUAUGUGGAGAAACUGCCAUCCCUGUCUGUGAAUUCAAAGCUGCAUAUUUUGAUAUGAUUAGAAUAGACUCUCAGACAAACUCUUCACAUCUCAAAGAUGAAUUUCAGACCCUGAAUUCUGUGACGCCUCGGCUGCAAGCUGAAGAUUGCAGCAUAGCCUGCUUGCCAAGGAAUCAUGACAAGAAUCGCUUCAUGGAUAUGCUGCCACCUGACAGAUGUCUGCCUUUCUUAAUUACUAUUGAUGGGGAGAGCAGCAACUAUAUCAAUGCUGCUCUUAUGGAUAGCUACAGGCAACCAGCUGCUUUCAUUGUCACACAACAUCCUUUGCCGAACACUGUGAAAGAUUUCUGGAGAUUAGUGUAUGACUAUGGCUGUACCUCUGUUGUAAUGUUAAAUGAAGUUGAUUUAGCACAGGGCUGUCCACAGUAUUGGCCUGAAGAAGGAAUGCUGAGAUAUGGUCCUAUUCAAGUGGAAUGCAUGUCUUGUUCAAUGGAUUGUGAUGUGAUAAACAGAAUUUUCAGGAUAUGCAAUCUAACAAGACCACAGGAAGGCUAUCUGAUGGUGCAGCAAUUCCAGUAUUUGGGAUGGGCUUCUCACAGAGACGUUCCAGGCUCCAAGAGAUCAUUUUUGAAGUUAAUUCUUCAAGUUGAAAAAUGGCAAGAGGAAUGUGAAGAAGGGGAAGGCCGAACUAUCAUUCACUGUCUGAAUGGUGGUGGUCGGAGUGGAAUGUUCUGUGCUAUAGGCAUAGUUGUUGAAAUGGUCAAAAGACAAAAUGUUGUUGAUGUUUUCCACGCAGUAAAGACAUUACGGAAUAGUAAGCCAAACAUGGUAGAAACUCCGGAGCAAUAUCGUUUCUGCUAUGAUGUCGCUUUGGAAUACCUUGAAUCAUCUUAGUUGGAAUGGAUGUGACAAAGUGCACCAUGUAUAUGAAGCUCAGUAAACUGUUUUAACAACAGUUGUUCAACCUGUGAAGAGAGAUUUUAGUGAAGGGGACUUUUAAAAUUUAAAUGCAAACGUAUUUUUCUUAUGAAGUUGUGGAUCUUGAUAAAAGAACUCAGUCUGUUUCUAUGCCUGUAUACAGUAUCAACAUUUAAUGUCACAUAAAUAAAUUUAAUGAAAUCCAGAGUCA